AUGGACAUCAAGCCUAAUACAAUUCAUCGCGUCAAUGGUUACGGAAAAGAUGCCUACACAUACUACCCUGUGCUCAUCAUGGGCGCUGGUGAGUCCGGCAUUGCUAUGGCAUGCCGCUUGAAAGAGGUACUCGGGCUCGACCAGUUCCGGGUUUUUGAAAGACAGUCAGGGAUAGGGGGCACUUGGUGGAUCAAUAGAUAUCCAGGUGUGGCUUGUGACGUGCCAGCUAUCUUCUAUAGUUUCUCUUUCUGUCCGAACAAUGCCUGGCAGUCAUUUCAUCCAGAGGGUCCGGAGAUCUUGCAGUAUUUCCACGACGUUUGUGCAAAAUACCGAAUUUUGAACAACGUCCAAUGCAACACCGAUGUGACAGAAAUUCGAUGGCUUGAGAAUGAAAAACUAUGGGAGGCCACCCUCUGCUAUCUCGUUCCCGGCACUGGUGAUCUCAGUCGGAAGGAAAGAAGUGAUCGGAUGCAAGCCAAGGGCCGUAAAGCUGUCAUCGUUGGAGAGGAGAAAGUUCGUGCAAAGAUUAUCUGUAGUUGUGCCGGAGGUUUCGUGGAACCCAAUCCGUGGCCCACCAAAAUCAGUGGCUUGGAUAGGUUCGAAGGCAAAUUCUGUCACACUGCCCGUUGGGAUCCCAGUGUAAACCUGAAGGACAAAGAUGUUGUUGUGGUUGGAAGUGGAUGUAGUGCAGCUCAAGUCGUUCCAAGAAUUACUCAAGAGCCUUACAAUGCCAAAUCCGUCACUCAAAUUAUGAGAUCUCCUCCUUGGGUUGUACCUAGGCCAGUCGCUCCCGGAGGGGAAAAAUGGUGGCAUGAAAAAAGCCCGUGGUGGUUUACGAAUUUCCCAAUUCUUGCCCGGUCUCUGAGAACCUUGAUCUUCUUCCUCUCCGAAAAGCAAUGGUUCGACUAUUUUCUGCAGACGCCCAGAUCCAAGGCCAAAAGGAAAGUGCGCGAAGAACGGCUUUUGCAGCAUAUGAGGAUGACCGCGCCUCAGAAGUACUGGAGCAUAUUGACUCCUGACUAUGAUUCUGCUUGCAAAAGACUAAUUUAUGAUGCUUUUUGGCUGAAGAGUCUUCAAGAUCCCAAGAUCGAGCUCACAACAAAGCCGUUGAAGUCUAUUGAACCACGGGGCGUGAUCGUUGGUUCUAAAGGCAUAUAUCCGACCAAGGAUAUAGAAGAUGGUGAAUUAGAAACAAGCGAAGAAACAAUCUCUGCGGACGUCAUUCUGUUAGCGAACGGCUUUGAAAUAGAAACCUGGCUCGCCCCGACGAAAAUCAUUGGUAGGGAUGGUACGGAGCUGCAAGAAGUUUGGGAUCAGCGUGGAGGACCACAAGCGUACAUGGGCAAUGCCAUCGACGGUUUCCCCAACUUUUUUAUCAUCUUUGGGCCGAAUACCGCUACAGGACACAAUAGUGUCAUUCUAGCAAGCGAGAACAUGGUCGAAUAUACGCUCAAAUUUGUUCGAUAUCUCCUGCGCGGUGAAGUGAAUGUCUUUGAGGUCAAGAAGGAAAAGGAGAUUGCUUGGGCUAAGGAGAUGCAGGAGAAAUUGAAAUUGACCGUUUUCGGGGAUGGGUGCAAUAGUUGGUAUAGAACGUCAAAUGGAUGGAAUGCGACAACCUAUCCGUACUCGCAGAUAGACUUCGGCAUCCGCUGCAUGUUUCCAAAGUGGAGCGAUUGGCACAUCGAAUAUACGAGGAAAGGUAUCAGACGCCGAAAGGUAAGGAGUCUUGUGGGGCUGCUCACCUUUGCUGCCAUCAUCGUUGGAGCAUAUUCGAUACGACGAAACCCUGUUGCGGGACUCGUGGCAAUACCACAUAUAGCGAAGAGACUCCUCAAACGAUUACUGUUGAGCGGUCUCAAGCUUGUGGAGUGA